CAGCACAGUUCUUACAUACUAACUGAUUAGUUGGUAAAACCGUGCAGACCCCCUGGGAAGCUGCCGCGCGGGCCCAUGUCGUCGUCGUGGCGCGACUCGGUGCGCACGGUGACCUUCCAGCGGUCGCCGUCCAGCAGGCACCUGGACUCUGGCCGGUUGGGCUUCGAGGUGCGUGCCGCCGAGCCCGGCGGCGGACUCAUCGUCGCCCACGUCGACCCCCAAUCGGCGGCGCAUCGUGCGGGGCUCAGGCAGGGGGACCGCAUCCUGGCCGCCAACCACGUCUCCUUCCGUGACCUGGACCUCGACGCGGCGUUGCAGGUGCUGGAGAGCCACCGGACCCUGCGGCUGAGCGUUUCCUCUCCAUCCCGGCACAGCGGCUACGCUUGGGUGACUCGCGACGGCCGGCCCACAUCACCGCCAGCAUCGUGGGGGGCACCCGUUCACAAGGUGAGCCUGAACGUGGACAAGGGCCGCAGCCUGGGCCUCACUAUCCGCGGCGGCCAGGAGUACGGCCUUGGAGUCUUCGUCAUUGGCGUCGACCGGCACUCGGCCGCCGACAUCGCCGGUCUGCAGGUAGGCGACGAGAUCCUGUCGGUGAACGAGCACGACCUGAGCGAGCUGACGCACGACGAGGCCGCCGACGUGCUACAGCACGCGCCGCGCAUGAUACUGCGCGUGCGCCGUUUGGGGAAGGUGCCCUGCGACCCCGCCCUGCUAGCUGACGGUGACGAGGACGACGAUCGAACUCGGAGAAGUGUCCAGGACUGCAGGAUGGUGGACCACCACGGCUAUGGCGGUGCGCGCGGCGACGUAGUGGAGCGACUAGAGUGCGGUCUGGCUGACCCAAUGCCCUCCCGCGUAAGCCGCGGCAGCAGCCGGCGCCUCAGCCCUCGGCGCCAGACCAGCGAGGAAAUUGAAGAGGCACUGGACGCCAAAUGCGCCGAGCUGCUCUCGCCAAGCGCGCGCAUCUCGCUGGCGUACUACCGGAACGAGUACGAGACACGCGCCAUGACGGUGGAUGCCCUGGUCGCGGUGCUGCUGGAGCUCCUGGACACGCCGCACAAGUACGCGCUGCUGGGUCACCUGAGAAACUCCAUACGACCGGAGGACGUCGACAAGUUUGACGAACUGCUGUACCGGCGAGAGGUCCAGGCGGCGCGGUCCAAAGAAACACAGCAGCAGGUACAGCUGCAGCUUCAGCAGCAACAACAACAGCAGCAGCAGCAGCAGCAGCAACAGCAGCAGCAGCAGUCGGGGGUGGUGGAAGGUGCUUGCGGAGGCGCUGAGCUGCCCAGCGAGGACAGCGGAGUCGACUUGGCCAGUGGCGGUGGCGGUCUUCAGCAGGGCGGAGGCAGCCGGCGGCGCAGGCCUCCGUUCAGGCGACACAGCAGCGGCGGUGAGUCCGGCGACAAACAGCUGGCCGUCGAGGACCGUCGCUGGAGCAGCGUCAGCGAGCCACCCAUGGAUCCGGAUGUGGCGCUCGCCCAGCGGAUCGUGCGCGACCUGGAGCUGAUACCGGCCGAAGAGCCCGUGCGGCUGCCGCGCGUGCGCCGCUGUCGCCCAUCGGCUGCCGCCAAGCGCACCACGUUUGCACCGCUGCCCGCUUCCACUGGCGGCACCUCUGCCGACACCGCCGCGGAUGCUCAGCACGACACCAAGGACAAGGGCCACCGUGUGGAGGAACUGAUGGAUGGCCGAAUGCGCGUGACUGUACGGCGGACCAAACCCGUGCUCGGCAUCGCCAUAGAGGGCGGCAACAACACAUCGCAGCAGCUGCCACGCAUCAUAUCCAUACACGAUUCUGGAGCGGCGAGUGAAGCCGGCGGCCUGCAGACGGGCCACGUGAUACUUGAAGUUCAGGGCGUGUCCACACGCAGGAUGAGCCACGGUCACGUGGCAAAGAUGAUCGCCGACGCCUACUACGGGAGCCCCGGCGGUGUGUCCCUACUGGUCGGCCAGGGUCCGGCCAGACCUCGUAGACAGUCAGUCAUGAUAGUCGACGACUAGGACUUGAACCAACGCACAAAUUGAGCCAUCAGUUAGGGUCUGUCGUGGCACGGUUACUAGCGCAGCCUUGGGAUUCAUUAGUGUUAUAUGCCUCGGUGGGGAGCAGAAAACGGUAUUUACGACGUUGCUGUGCUGUGAGUCACUGUUAGGCACUCACAGGACAAGAAGUAUUGAGUGCGAGAGGACAAUGACAAGUGUGCAGGAUACCUGUGCCCAGUCUGCCAGUAUGAAUGUCAAGUUUCGCCGUGGACGAAGCUCAUGGCCAUGGUCCCCGAGGAUCAGACGCCGCCAUUUUGCGUGAAGUCCCUGCAGCUGCAUUUCUUCCAUCCUUCUGAAGGUCGGCUGAUGUGGGGAACUACGGAAGAAGGGGCUACCUUGCGCAGAUAGUCAAGGGCAAGGUCCUGGCGACGACCAGCGCUGACGUCAUCACUGCACCGUCAUGUUUUCGUAAUCGAGGCGACACAACUGCCGGCACUUUUAUACAAACUAUAUUGCUACACUGCGAAAUAACUACUUGGGGAAUUGCCUGCCUGCACCAAGUGCAUUACUUGUGAUGCUAACACAAGAGCUUGGAAUCUUUUUUGAUGUAGCUACCCAGGCCGCCGCCACUCGAGCAUUGUGCUGCGCUGCAUUUGUUGCUUGUACGCAGUGGAAGUCUGUACAUCUUGCCUAUACAUAUCGUUUCGAGGGCGCACACUAGCGGCCGCCUUGAACCACACGUAUACGUUUAGAGAAUGCUGGAAGCUCGGCUGUUGCUUUUCCCACCGCACGCGAAAUAUCCUAUCCGCGAGGAAAUUCCCAUUAUUUCAAGGCGGGGAAAAUCUCGGUGCAAACCGGGACACAACACCAAGAGGAGACGAGACAAGAACUAACUUGUCUUGUCUUUUCUUUGUGGUCUCCUGCGUUUGCGCUGAAAUUAUCCGUACACCAACCUUGGCUCAACCGGUUUUUUUUGAAAUUCAGGCAUUAUGAUGCUAACACAUUCUAAAUGUUCUGUACCUCGAACAAGUUUGUAACAAAGACAUAUAACUAGUCAUGGAAACGAAUAUAGCGAAGGCGGUUGAUUUCAUGUUCAGAAUUUCAUAUUGAUCGUGAACUACGAUCCCGAAAUGUAACUUACCACUAAGCGUACCUAAUAACUUAUGUACAUUGUGCGCAAUAUGAGGAAACUUCGUAGGUGCUGUUAUCAGAAAUGCUGGUUGGUUUGUGGGGUUUAACGUCCGAAAUAGACUCCGGCUAUGAGAGACCCCGUAGUGGAAGGCUUCCAGUAAUGUCGACGACCUGGGGUUCUUUAACGUGCACUGACAUCGCACAGUACACGUGCCUCUAGUAUUUCGCCUGCAUCGAAAUGCAACCGGCGCGGCCGGGGUCGAAUCGGCGUCGUUCGUUUCAGUAGCGGAGCACCGUAACCACUGAGCCACUGCGACGGCCUCAAAAAUGUACUAUUUCUGAACAUUGUUUACAAUGCGCACGACGUUAUAAAAACGUUUGGCGGGGCUUUUAGUUCAACCUGCUGCAUGACUGGAAAUAGGGACAGCUAUACGCUAUAAGAGGGCAUGGUGGUUUAUAGAUCGAAACACUACGUUAUAUAGUUGCACUGAAUGGAACUAAAUUUAUAUACAUAAUAAUAUUAUUAUGUGAGUCAGGCAAAUGCGAAGACCAGUGCGGAUGAAUGAGCCAUAUAGGGACCACCAACAGUACUUUUGAUCAUCGGAUACCAUGUGUAGUUGCAUGCGCUGUAUUCGAAUUGCAGACCUUAACGUAGAAUUACCCAUGUCGUGCGCUUGUGUAUGUUAAGUUCAGCUAUCGAUUCACUAACGGUAAUAUGUCGCACGCCAGAAUACUCGUAAAAGCGCACUGCUACAAAAAGACCUGUACGAUUUCUAGAGCUCCUCUCACUGCAUUCCGAUGGCAGUAGAUAAUUUAACGUGCGUUUCAAACCACGGACAUUGAUUACACUGAAUAAGACCGAGUUUCUCUUUACACUUGCUCAUGCUACCACGUGUAGUUCAACUGCGUAUUCCACAAUCAUCUCACGGCUUUGCACGGCAUGUUGAGCACAACAGGCCAUACAGUCGGUACGCAAGGAAAAUCGCGCUCUUGUUCGCCCUCGUUUGCUUAAACUGCUUUCACUUUGGUAAAAAUGUGUACUUGAUAUCAAACCACUUCACCACGUACCGCCAGGAUGCUACUAGUUUUACUAAAGUGUAGAGCACCACCGUACACAGAGUGAAGUGUUAAUGAAGUGUCGGCAACAACAUUAUGCGGUGCUGCUGGUAGCUCGUAUCAAGCGUCGCAUGGCACGUAAGGAAAGCAGUGCUCACUAAUAGCUACACGCGUGCGGAUAAAAUGUCUGUCACUUAUGUUUCUAGACAUCGCGGAAUGAAAUCUGGGAUCGCUAGCAAUAGAUAUAUGGAAUAACAUCGAAUUUUCCUUGCUUCGCGUCUAUGGUAGAGCACGUGAACGGUGCGAACGCGUUGACACUUUUCUUCAGAUAUACUUUAUAUAUGGAUCUUCAUCCAGAACAGCUUUUUCGUAAUUCCUUCCAACAGCACAUCCGAGUUUAUAAUCACUCUGCGGUAAUUACCCCCUACAAGGCCCUGCCCUUUCGAGCUCGUGAGUGCUAGGGUUUCAAUUCGAUUUUUUUUGUUGCUUUUUUAAAAUUGUCAUCUCAUUAAUAAAAGUAUGCCUCCUGGUCAGAACAGCCGCAAGUGCGUUUUAAAGGAGUCCUGACACAAAAACUUUCGCCCCGCGUUUUUUUGCUGCAAUGUGUUGCUGGGGGGCCUGUUAGUCAUAACACGGCACAUCGUUUGCUGCAGCGCGCGACAGAUAAUUAAUUACAAGCUCCUCAUUACCGACACAGCCUCAGUUUCGGUUUGACAGAGCUCCAAAAAAGACAAGUCGCCAGGUGCAACUGUCACCACCUAGCGAGUGAAACGCUCGGUCACGUGAGCACACAGAACAGUGACGCAUUUCUGCGCGGUCUGUCUUCGUCGGGCUCAUCGUCGUCUGAUGGCGACGAUUUUCUUGCGGCGGGGGUAGAAGGAAUUUUCGACGUGGCGAAUCACUUCAGGUUUGACCCGCUGGCGAGCAGCGAUUCGGCGGGAAGCGCGUCAAAACAGAAAUGACGGCUACGACGUCAUCAUAACUUGUACCGGCUGCAGCGGUUACGUAGGGGAAAUAGGGGGGUCACCUCGGUUCACCUUCGAGGGUGUCAAUGCACCAGGUGCGGCCUAUAAUGCUGGAUGGCGCUCGCGAACUUCAAAAUUCAUAUAAAAUACCUUCCAAGUUUUAUUCGCUGUCGAUAUUUUGCAGAUGGUACACGCACGUACACGGGAAUCGAUCCAGCAGGCUAUCUCGGCCGCGAAAUUUUGUGUCAGUACCCCUUUAAUGUGCGCAGUUGUCAGUACCGGGCUCAUCGCUGACGGCCCACAAUGAAGCGGCUACGCCAUGUUACACGUCCGCCCCUCGCUUUCCAGGAUCAAUAGCUGACGCCGUACGGUUAAAAAAAACUCAGUUUCGCUUAAGGGUGAAGCAAUGAAUGCGACACGAACAAAUUGCAUUGUUAUACGAAGCAAGGCUACCAGCUAACUCUUUUGGAUCCGAUCUCGCGUAACUAAAGAACAAACACUGGUUUAAGGGAAUAAGCCGCUCCAGGAACCGAAGCGUUUUCGUGCUGUGAGUUCUCUUAACGCGAAGUAAGCGUUGAGAGCACAGCAAGUUUACGAGCCGUCUCCUGAUGCCUCGAGAGAGCGCAAGCGAAUGCGCCCUUCGAACGAUGCGGUCCCCCUCCCCCCUCCCCUGGCGUCCCUUCAUGCUCCUUACGGAAGACGGGCGGGGCGUUUCCUCUCUGUGAUGAGCAAUCGACGGCAGGCCCGCACGCGGGAAGAUGUUAAUGCAUGCGCUCUUCGUGCGACGGAGACGGCCGGCUCGUUUUAAUGUCCGCUUCGGCCGCGUUCGUCGCCAGCGCUCGCGAGCUUUUACCCGUGGCUAGAAUGCGCGGGGUAAUGUUAUCAAUUUGAAAUUUAUACGGAAAAUUACGACAAUGGCGACGGCAAAAACCCGUCUGGAGUGUUCCUGUAAUCGCUAUCACAAUAAAAAUUUUUAAAAAUUUCAGGAGCCAAUCCACUCUAUGAAGUGGGUGAUAAGCGAAGCUGUUUCGCGCAUGGCACAGAGGUGGCAUGGUGGAGGACAGUUUGGUAUGUAAAGCCAGGUUGGUAAUGGCCAGGCUGUAACGUUCAAUACGCAAUAUUAAUGCGAAAGCCUUAGACGUUUCAUGAAACACGAAAAUGGACCGUCAGCGGAGUCAAUCGAUUGAUGCAAAAAAUAAUCAUGUGAUGGCAUCAUCAUGACGUCAUAGAUCGUCAAAACUUGUGUCAUCAUGGCGUCAUAUAUUAUGAUGUAACGUGAUGACGUUCACAUGACAUCGUUUCUUUGCACUGCUUCCGUGAUCGGUGCGCCGAUCACGGAGCUAAUGCAAAACCGGGUGAGGUGCAGAAAGCUUGCAGAGAGGGAGGGGGAGGAUCUAUCUGUUGAUCGAAAAGAAAAAGAACCUGGCUUUCGCCUUGGAGUUGUCUUAGGGGAAUGCAUUAGGGACAGUGUGGCUCUUUGGCAUUGAGGCACUGCUGUACGUCACGGCAUUUGCCUACCACGUCUGCUGAUAGCCACAUAGAUGUAUUUAGAGUGGUAUUUCAUAGAGUGCAAUUUUAUUAACCCGGUAUUCUGUUUAUUUGCUAGUGUCGAAAAUAAUCACCGAACAGGUUAAUCCAAAACACUCAACUGCAUGAGCUCUUAUUUUUUCAUUAGCGAGCGAAGUAUGGAGUUCUCCUGGGAUGAUUUUUUUAUGAGAUUUGCAAUGAAUCGAAAUAUUUCUAGCUCUUCAUAAGAGCCCCAUAAUAAUUAUUCAAGUGCUUGAAUGUUAGUGCAGUUUGCUUCUCUAGUGCACUCUAGGAUGUAAGCUGCUCCAGAGUGUUCUCAGAUGCAAAAUUAUCUGCUCCAAAGUGCUCCAAGGUGAACAUUUUCGCUGCUCCAAAGUGCUCCAAAAUGAAAAUUUUGCUGCUCUAAAAUUGCUCCAGAUCAGAAGUCCUCGGUAGCAUCACUGUUAUAUUGUAUUGUGUAAAAAUAUAUGCGAAGGAAAGUGAACUUCGCCCUUGGAAGCUAAAGUUAGUGGGUUAAGAUUUAGGACUUUAAGAUUACUUGGUCGAAAGCUGCAGUGGUUGUUGAAGUGAAUUCGACCGUCUGUCAUUGUGGCUUUUAAGGAGUCGUAAAAAGGUGAUGUUUUGAAGCACAAUGAAUGUCUCGCGGAAGCGUUACUCGUUGCAAAUGACACAAUAACAACGUACCAGUGUACCCGCCACGGCGGUCUAGUGGUUAUGGUGCUCGACUGCUGCCCCGCAGGUCGCGGGAUCGAAUCUCGCCCGCGGCGGCCGCAUUUUUGACAGAGGCGAAAAUGCUUGAGGCGCGUGUGCUUAGAUUUAGGUGCCCGUUAAACAACACAAGGUGUUCGAAAUUUUUGGAACCCUCGACUACGGUGUCUCUGAUAAUCAUAUCGGGGUUUUGGGACGUUAAACCCAAACAAUUAUUAUAUUACGUACCAGUCUGACAGGCACGUUGAUCCAGGUGAACCCCAGUAAAACUAAGGUCACCUUUUAUAGCGUGGAUAUGGUAAUGCGCGUUAGCACAGGGGCUGACAAAAAGGGAGCUGGAUUCACAUCGUCAAAAAUGCGUUAGACAGUGCUUUUCUGAUCCUGGCUACAGUAUUUUGCUGCUGCGAACUUAAAAAAAAACAACGUAAUUAUAUUUCCGGUCCAAAUGUAGAAAUAUCGAAAGUCUCCAUCCCUCUUGGCUCACCCUCGUACACUUUUCCGCGCACCCACAGCAUACGGUGAGAGCAGAUUUAAUCGCACUUUCAGUUUACACGGAACAUCAUGCUGACUGGGACGGUGAAAUUUCGCUUGGAGUGUCCCUAUAAUUUAUUUAGCACUAAGGGAAAUCUAGUUUGACUUUAUCAGCUUGAAUAGUUGGCUUUGCUGGGCCGUCAUAUCCGUCAUUAUUUGGUAACUCGUCUCGCUGGGUCAGUUGCUGUGAUGUUCACUUGCCAAACAAGGUGGCGAACGUUCAAUUCCCAUCAUCAGAACUGUGCAAAAAAAAAACGACGACAUACGAAGCAGUAAAAACACAGGACGAGCGUUGACUUAGCGUGUGGGUUUUAAGCACUGUCCUUAUUACGCAACCGUACCAACUAUUCCAUAUUUCCACCCUACCGAAGUUCAAUUCCCAGCGUGGUAGUAUAGAUUUCGUUAUUAGAGAACUUACAAGUGUGAUAGGGACGAAAUGCCCGUCUUUACUGUGCAGAAAAUAUGAAUUUAGGAAAAUUCGGCUUAUGAAAACUAAUCUGGCGCCAUUCGUAAGGCAUGUAGCUCCUGCGCUGGUAGGGACGUUAUAAUCAUGGCAAUCAUUCAAUGACCAUUAUCUGGUUUCACAGCAGAGCCUCGCUGCCGCACACACGUGUAGCCUUCCACAUCUCGUAUCCUGGGAAGUAUCACAAGUACAUGAAGAAGGGAACAGACACAGUAGAGAACGCAUUAUGAGCUAUUCCGCCUCGAGCGAAAGCGUGUACGUACAGGCGUCCGAAGUGGUGCGGCUCGUCUAAUGCUGGCAGCGUUUACAAAUAGCUGCGCUCAAGAAUCUUGAGUGCAGCAUUACUGUAGUCUGCUCUGGCUUACUUUUAUCGACGGAGUAUUUUCAAUACUGUGUCCCCAAUGUCCCGCGCACCGAUAUAGUGUGGCUGAAUUCCUGUCGAUGAAUUCUCAGUCGUAGCAACAUUUCUGCAAGAAGCACACACGCUUACCUAGCCUCCUUUCGACAACUUUAGCAGUCGCAGAAUACCCGCAAGCGAAAGCCUAACGCACCGAGGAUUUCUAGCGGGUGCAACCUUUCCGUAUAUGUGUUGGAGCCCACCAUGCUUCUCAUUGUCAAAGUCCGGUGUAGACAACAGGAGGAGUUUGCUCCCCGCUUGCCUACCAAACGCUUAGCUCAGUCAUGGCAGGCACAGUGAAUAAUAAGUAUAAGCGCCGUCGCACACUUAAGAAAUGUAUUGCUUCUGAUAUUUAACGCAAUAACGACAGGCUUGCGUCGUUUUGCUGUGCCCUUUUUUCGUUCGUGGUACGUACAGAUGUGUCGAGUUGUCAGUGACGUUCCGUGCCCCUCUGAUUCGUCUCGUGACCUUAAGAACAGUCGUUUCGUGUUGUGAGGACUCGAUAUACAUCAUAUAUGUCUACAAGAGUGGUUCUAUGUGUCUAUAAGAGUGGUUCUUGUUGUACGCUGUCAUAAUGUGCGCGGCGUAAUCUGUGAAUUCGCAUUAACAGAUUAUUGUACUGUUGUUGCUAUCACGUUUUAUUGCGGUGUAGACGGGCAAGUUUUUAUAGGGCGCAGUGAAAUACAUUAGGGGUAGGGGGAAGGGAGGGCCCCAGGUAUAGGAUGGUUGGUGAUUUCCGUACUCGACGGGGGUUUUUUAAUGGUAGUGCUUGACUACGUCAUGUACUCUAAUGAUAUCGUACAAAUUAGAGACAGCUACCGUUUGCCUGAAAUGAUGCAUCGUAUACAUAUAUACACCACAGUAGUUGCUGUUACUUCGCACAGAAAAAUUUAAGCUGGAACUCCGGAGUGAUUAUGGAUUUUGUACGCAUCGGAAACGCUCGGCGUGCAUCGACCGGCGUGCACAAGCGCCGAAAGGCUUCCACGUGUUAGUGUUACGUGUAGCGACGACGUUUCCUCGGCACCGCAUUUGCACUCUGUAUACAAAAAAUAGACUUUUUUAUAGAAGUUUUGUCAUGCAGCGUAGUGUAUAGUGCAAAGCACGUCGAUUUGUAACAAGCUAGUCUGCUCUACGACAUUGACAUUGUUCUGUGGAAUCUGACGUAACAAGCACGUACGUACAUCAACCUCUGUGAUCUAUUGUGCUGCGACUGAGUGGCGCUUCUGCGCACAGCAAAUUAUAACGUUAUCGCGCACUCCUUGUGUGACACUGCAGUUUGGUAAGCGUGCAUUCCCGCGUAGAGCUGAGGUCAAGGUGAUACGUAACGUAAACGUAUUUCCGUAUUCUUUAUCACACCUAGCACAAAUAAUAGUGCAAGCAAUGAAAAUUGACGUUAUUUCCACGGAAAACAUCUCUGAUGAGGCGGUUAUUUCCUCACAUCUCGAGAGAAACCCCGAAGCACGUAAUUGUGCAGCGUUAUCAGCAUUUUGAAUGAAGUACGCGGAUACUGAUGGAAUGAGUUUUUUGCGGUAUCGUUGAAUGACGUUCAAGUACGAGCAGGGGCAAUGGAAACAAUGCUACAUCAAUCGCUACCGGUCAAGUCGUCUUUCCACCCCAGCUACGACAGCGACAAUGAAUGGACAACGCGUCCUUCUGACUGCUUCGUGGCGCAGUAAGUUUAUAUUAGUUUUUUCACGAAGGGGCGUUUAAAGUGAUCCCAACGUGCAUGUUACAGGAAAAUAACAAGUGUAGCAGGCCAAAAAAGCGUCGUUCGAGAAAAUUAAAAGCGUUUACGUUUCGAGAUGGAAGCCUUGUUCUCUAAACAAAACACAAGAGGCACCAUAGUAUAUGUUCAGCAUUCAUUUAACGCAGCUUCAGAAGUGAGGCACAAGAUUGCUGUUCAGUUCAAUUGACCACACCCCCAUUUCUGGCAUUGUAGACAAGCAGUGUUUUGUAUCGCUCUCCGCAUAAUUUCGUUCAUCCGACCAAUCCCAGCCAUCCGCGAGAAUCCGCCAGCGGAGGUAAGACGUUCCUGGUCAUGAAUGAUGUCGGGCAAGAAGCUGCGCGUUCUUCAAGGAGUGUAGGGCGACAGCUUCAAGCUUUUCAUGCGCGCCUUAAGCUCCUUGAAAAACGUUACAAUGUAGUAUAAAUUAUAAGGGCUCCAUAAACUGGCCUCAUAGUGGGUUUUUCCCAAGCUGAGACGGCGUUUCAGGCUUUCUAUAUUAAAAAAUAAAGUGCAUAAACUGUUACCGUGCCUUUGUAAUUUAAAUGAUUUGUCGAAUGUAAUGCAUAUCCGAAAUAAUUCAAAAAUAUGUUUUGCUGUAUUUGUUAGGUUAUUUUCUUCGUAAUUAACUUUUUCCCACGCGGCGCAUAUAGAUUCGGCUUUGCAGGAGCCUGUUACUAUCACCUAGGAAAAUAUGGCUGAGGGGCAUUGCCAUUGCAUCGCAGUGCUUUUCGUCUGGUAAGCAGAAGGGCCGCGUAUACCAUGCUAUACGUGCGAUUGGGGUGUGUGUCGUCUAUUUUGCUGCGCAGGAGAAUUUAUAAAGGCGUUUAAGGAAAUGCAUCUGACGUAGAAAAGCAAAUGUGGAUGUAUGGAUCGAUCAGGUGGAGUAGUCGCGAUCGUGACGGGAAAAUAACCUUAGUAGACCAAUGAAACGUCGGAAUUUAGUUUUUGCUUUUGAAUAUGCAAGUUUGAGAUCCAGAAAUCACGAAUAAAAGGAAGAGAAAUACGGCCGUUUAAUAUUACGCAAGCUACAUUUUAGUUUUAACCAGACUGGUGAGUAAAAUGCAAUUAAUACUGCGGGGCUAGUUCGCACAACGUGCUCGCCGAAUGUUUCUAAUAUCAAACGUCAAGUGCCAGCUGUAUCGGCAGGAAAAAAAAAAAAGCUACCACAAAUCCUAAUUGCUGCUUGCAUAGCCAACUUCCUUUAUUCGAGGGCAAUUUUUUUUAAUGUCCGAUCAGUCGCGAAAUAAAAAAGUCACAGUUUCAGUUCACCGCGAGGGCGAAGCGAUGAAUGCGAUAGCAACAAAUUGUAAUGUUAUACGAUGGAAGGUUGUCAGGUAACUCUUGUGGAUCCGAUAUCGCGUAACUCUACUAAACGCUGGUGUCUUGCACCAGGGUUUACGGCCGCUCCUCUUCGCGUUGAGAGCGCAGCACGUAGAAGGGUAUACGAGCCGCCAGCUGAUGGCUGUCGAGAUAGCGCGCGCGCCACCGAUCGCGACCGCGCCCUUUAUAAUCAAAGUUCAAAGUAGCUGCUCGAGCGACACCCCCUGCCCCCUCGCUUCUUUUCAUGCUCGUUCAAGGAGGGCGGGGCGUUUCCUUUCUGCUUCGACGGCAAGCCUCCCAAGCGGGGUGAUGUUAUCGCAUGCGCCCUCCGAGUGACGGAGAUGGGUCGGCUCGUUUGUUUCUGCAUCAGCCGCAUUCGUCGCCCCCGCUUGCGCACUUUUACCCGCAGUAGAACAUACAAUUCUCUGGGGAUGUUUUGAAUUUGGACCUUAUACGGGACAUGACGGCGACGGCAAUAACCCGUCGAGACUGUCCAUAUAAUUGCUAUCGCAAUAGAACCAGAGUGAGAAUUAAAACUGCUACAUUUGCAACAUUUAGGUACGCAUAUCAGCUAUUUCUCAUAGACGCCGUUUCGAUAGCGGCAUUUGUCGUAGCGUGGCAUCAACUUUCCUAUAUACCCCCCCCCCCCCCCCGUAGAAGGGAGCCGCCUGUGCUUGCAACCAGUUUUGUACGCUGGUCUGCCGCCCGCGGUCUGAGCCAUGAAGCUGUCUGAGCAUGAAGAAGAACAAUGCCUGACGACAACGUUCCCCUUCUGUUCUCAAUUUCCUUUCGUAGACAUUCAAGAGUCACGCUGUACGAGGCUGCCGCACCUUGCAGUCACUCAUGAAAGUUGAGCCGUGCUAAUUACUCAUUCGUCGAUGAAUUCCAGCUAUACUGCACCCUCUGCAUGCAGAAAUCGAAUUAUACCACGAACUUUAACCUUGGCGGCAGACUCCACUAUAGUAGGCAUGCUUACGCGCUCGCUGCGAGCUCAGAACUGAGAGCUGCGACCUCAUGAGGUAGGCGGGCAUAAUAAAGAGAUUGCGCAACGUAUGUGCUCGUUGCGUGAUCGGAUUUUCACUGUGGUUUUUAUUCGGUGGCCAAUCGGACUUUGAAAAAAAAAAUACGCCUCACGAUGCAGCAAUGGUGUAAUCUCAACUGUGACAGAGGGAGCCAUGAAACAUGCAUCAAUGAAUGGAAUGAAGGUUACCGCAUAUAACAUAGUAACAUUGUGUUAACCAACGACGAGCGAGUUACGGGAGGGAAUCAUGAUCGCGAGUUAUCGUCUUUACAAUCUUAUGGUUCAACAACAAGAAAAUAUAUGGUAACGAAGCCUGUCUCGGCUAUACUAUGAAGUAAUUGAACGCCUCUACGCAUUGUGAGUGCUACAAUGUCGCUAAAGAAAUUCGAGCUUGCUGUAAGGCACUGGUUUCACAAAGUGGCACCGAUAACUACCUGCUUUAUAGUGGAGGAAUUCGUCACUUCCUAUGAGAUGCUGUCAAGAAGAUAAACUGAAAAAAAAGACAACCAGAUGAAUAAAGUGGACCUGCGGUUGUGCACUGGUCUCCACAGGGGAGAGCAGACCUAGAGCGGCCAUAUCAUUGAACGUGAUAUUGGAUUGUUGCACUUACGUGUGCUGUGUUGUUCCUGAUGGUGUCACUCGAUCCCCGUUUUGUUAUGAUGUAACUGCGCACAAGGUGUCUCAGGCAACUACGAUGUGUCGGAAAUAAAUCGUUUUAUUGUACGAU